AUGGAUAACGUUGAAGAAGUAAUUAGACAUUUGGAUCAAGUUAAUAUUGACAAGACAAAGUUUCACGAAAUGUUGAGUGAAGCAUUUGAACGUAUCUUGCCAUCAGGUUCUACAUCUAGAACAUUGGCUAUGGCUGGUGCUGCUGUCUCUGUUCCUUUGGCUCUUGGUUACAUGUACAAUCAUUAUGUAAACAGUAAAAAGAUCAAGGAAAAAUUAACUUGGGAACAAUUAAAAUCUGGUGCAAACAUUAUUUCAAGAGUCUUUUCAAAUUAUCAUGUCAAGUACAUUUUUUCAUUAAGUGAAACUGAAUGUGAUCCAAUCAUUGAAUGUUGUUCAUCUCUUAGAAUUAAAGUUAUAAAGAUGAAAAAUAUUAAUAAUGCAUUAAAUGCAGCUGAUGGAAUUUAUAGAGCAACAGAACAAGUUGGAUGUAUUUUUGUUUCAACAAGUCAAGAUUUAUUGGCAUUAUCCAAUACAACUAUUAAUUUCCCACUCUUGGUCGUUGGUAUUAAUGAAUUGAUGGAUACUGACAAGGGUAUGAUGGGUUCAGUUGUACAAUCUGAACAUUUCCCCAUUUGGAGUUUACAUUCAUUCAAGUCUUGUGAAUUUGUAAAGUCUAUUACAGACAUUGCACCAACCUUGGAAAAGUCACUCGACCGUUGUAUGCAAUCACCAUUUGGUCCAAUGUAUUUGGAGUUUUCUCAGGAAAUGAUCGUGCCAGAGGGUGAAAUUCAAAAGAACAACAUGAUGAUGAAUCAAUCCAAAUGGUAUUUCAAGCGUGUCUGGAAUGACAUCCAACACAGCUUUACCUAUCCAUCGUCAGACACUGAAGUUGUCUUUCAUCAUUUCCAAAAAGACUGCGUCAAGGCUCCCAAGGCUGACCAAAUUAGAGAAGUGUUAGAUCUCAUCUAUGAAGCUGAAAACCCUCUCUUGUUACUAGGUGAUCAAUGUCUUACCUCUGGUCAAUAUGAAGAUGAAGUUUUACGUAAUGAUAGUUUAAAGUUGUCAAUCAAAUUGCUCGGUCUACCUACUUAUCUCACUGGAUUUACCAAGGUCCUAAAUGAUAGUUCAUUCCAAAAUGUCAUACACGACAAUUUAGAGUAUGCACUCAAACACUCUGACCUUAUCAUUUCUUGUGGUAUUCCAACCAACAUUCUCAAUGACCUACUCGAACACCAUCAACAACACAUUAGUGACAAUCUCUCUAAAAAGAGAAUGGUCAUUGUUGAUACGCUCAUGUCAAACAAGGGAUUCUCCUUAUUUGGCCACGGACUCCAUCGUUCAUUCUUUGAAUCGAUCAAACGUUCCAAUUAUCGUGUCGAACCAAGCACAUUCCUUCACCAUCUCGGUUACAUGAUGCCACGCAACUAUAACAAGUUCCAGUCUUGGAUCAUGGACCUCAAGGAAAAGGAUAGUAUCAGCUCUCUCAUCUUUGACAAAAAGUCUAAAUUCAAGGGUGAACAUCUCAACAGUUACCUUGUCCUCGAGGCUCUUCGUGACUCUCUCCAAAACAGUCAGUCUCGUCCCAUCAUCGUCUGUGACAAUGGCCAGUUUGAGGAGUGUGCCCAAUCUAUGCUUGCAGACUGUGUCAGAGCUUGGAUCCAACUUGACCACACCUGUGUCAGACACAACACCAACUCUGCCAUUGGUCUUGCCAUUGCUUCCAAGUUGUGUAAUCCAUCUGUCGAUGUUUGGCUCCUCUGUGACGACAGAUCCAUCAGUCAAUGUAUCCCAGAGUUUGAAACUCUCAACCGUUAUCACAUCCCAAUCAAUAUCGUUGUUGGUAAUGUCGAGGGUUCCAUCGGUGAAAUGUCCUCUGACGACCAAGUCGUGAUGGACAAGGACUCUAAAAAGAUUCCUCAAAUUCAUCAUGAUCAUCCCAAGACUGCCUUCCACAAGAUCAUGGUUGCCUAUGGUGGCAAGAGCUUCUCACUCUCUCACAACAAUGCCAAGCGUGAAGAGCUAGAGAAAUCCUUUGCCGAUGCUCGUGAACGUUCAAGCGUUUCUCAACGUCCAAUCUUGAUCAAUUGUCAUAUUGAUAAGCCUGUUCCUUCUUUGAUUGGUGGUGGUGCUAUGUAA